AUGGUGAGUCGCUGCAUGGCUGUAGAUCUGGAGCCUGAUGGCAUCCUCUGUAUGGCCAUACAUCCUGGCUGGGUCCGCACUGAAAUGGGAGGGUCUCAGGUACAGCUGUGUUACAGUAAACAUAUUUGAUAUUGACACGGUUUUAAUGUUGUCAUUCUUUUACGCUCUUUUUAAGUAAAUGUGUUGUAAUAUCAUCUUAAAAAGCAUCUUCCCUUCUUUUUCCAGGCCCCGCUGAGCCCAGAGGAGAGCAUUUCCUCUGUUCUGUCUGUGAUUGGAGGACUGACUGAAAAGGAUCAUGGGUCUUAUCUGAGCUUUACAGGAGAGGUGUUGCCUUGGUAACCCUGAUUAUCACAGUGAUAAGAGGAAUAAUUAUAUGCACUGCUACCCAGAGGUGGGGGCUUGACGACUCGACUUGAGACUCGACUUGGACUUGAGUCCCGUUUUUGACUUGCUUGAUGAUCAAGAAAUGACUUGGACUUGCUUGGGACUUGAUUGCUAGACUUGAGACUUGACUUGACUUGAGCCCAGUGACUUGAAAAGUCUUUUCAAGUCUUUUCAAGUCACUUAAUACCUUACAGCAAGCCCAAACCAUUUAAAAAGUGUCGCAUCAACGAAUAGUCAGGAAUUAUGGCCGUUGGUAACACCGUGUUGUGUUGCCAAGUCUGCUUAUUUCCCGCAAAAAAAUCGCUUGUUUUUGGCUUGUUUCUGAAGGUCUGUUGUCUUAUUUCUCUCACGAAACUUGGCAACACUGUCUCAAACUCUAGCCUCCCUCAUAACGACAACACCGGGAGGACUGAACAUAAAUCGCUCGCUAGUAUUGCCCGCCUGUUUCCACGUGUUGCCUUGUGUCUCUCUUUUGUUUUGGAACAGUGAAUUAGAGUAUCAGUUUAAUGUUUAACUGUAUUUGAGUCUUCCUCAUUUUUGUGCACAUUGUCUAAGUUUCCAAUUAUUGAAGUUUAUCUGAUUAUUUUUUGUAUGACAUGUAAAAUAGUUUGGUUAAAGCUGCACUAUGUAACUUAACACAAACAAGAACCCUUGUUUAAUAAUAAAUGCAAAUAGUGAAAAAUGCUCAUGAUUUAUGUAAAUCUUUACAUAUAACAAAUGGUUUAUGGCUUUGAUAUGACUUGUUUUUGACUUGAAAGAAACGGUAAGGACUUGGACUUGACUUGAGACUUGUCUGUGUUGACUUGGACUUGACUUGAGACUUGAGAGCAAAGGACUUGGACUUGCCUCGGACUUGGACUUGCCAAGACUUGAGACUCGACUUGGACUUGCAACAUAAGGGGCUCUAUUUUCGUUCGCGCCGGUGAGGCGGCGGAGGGCGGCGAGCCCCGCGCAGUUGUAUUUUCGUCUGGCGGAGCCCGGCGUAAGGCGAGUUUGGUAUUUUCGCGGACUGAGUCGCACGGAGGCGAGCCGAGAUCCGCCAAGCUGGGCGUGGUGGCGUGGCAGGGGGAGGUGUUGACAGAAUCAGCUGGCGCAGUGACAUUUUCGUGCUCGCCACCGGCGUGUAACGUGCGCUGAAAGCUCGCCGAUUCAAACCUGGUCAGCUUUCAGCGCAAGGCGGAACGCAGCUGGUCUAGUAGUAUUUUGGUAGACCGGCGGCGUAUCGACAUACGUCACUGAUGCCUCACCGGCAGGUUUCCACAGUGUCAGGCAGAUUUCAGUGCAAUAAAUAAUCAUCAACAACUAUUAAUCUGAGUCAGCACAUACAUUUAGAUCUAUAUCGAUAUAUUCUGAUCUAUAUCUGAUCUGAUGAGCGCGUUUGGCAUGCGUUUGGCACGCGUUUGGCACGCGUUUGGGCACACAACCUGACCGAAUCAAUACAGCUGAAACUGCAUCAAAUUAAAUUAAAUAUCUAGUAAAUAAACACACAUGAUGAAGUUAACAAGAUAUGUAAUGUGUCUCCCUCCUUUUCUUUCUUCCUCUUAUUUCUCGCACAGCUCGACCUGGACACGUCUCCGUGUCCUCUGUCCGUCUUGCUUGCUGCUGCGGCUGAACAGAUGAUUUGUUUCAGUGCUCAGAUGCGUGAUCUACUUUAAGCCGACAUAUGGAUAUUAUAAUAUUCAGUUUUGUGGGCCAAAUUUAUUUUAUAUGCCAACAUCUAUGAAAGAAAGAGCCAGGCCACGGAGCGCAAUGCGUCAUUUACGCACAGAUGGUUCCGAUUUUAAUGCCUUUUUUGGAGUUUAUGUUGUGAUCUGUGCGCUCAACCCACCUUUGUCACGUGAGGUUUGAAUAUAUGCAACUUUAUGUGAGUGUCUUUAUUUGUGGAAAAGGGUGUUUGUCUUACCAGUGGGUCCAACAUUACACACACCAAAUCCAUCUGUGCUCAGAUGAGAGAGUGUGGAGGACACUUGUUGAGCAGCUGCCCUCUGUCGCCAUCGUGUGGCAUAACUGUCUUCAGACAUCUCUCGAUCUCUUUGACUACUUCAUGAAAAUAGUAAUACGCCUCGCCGGUGGCGGAUUUAAAGGCAAGGAGAGGAGCUUAUGUGAUUGGUGAAAACAGGUCUCGGCUGUGUUAAAUCUACGACACGCCCUCUCUCCUCCCCGUCUACGAAUUAUGCUGCCGGGAGGAGCUGAGUUAGGGAGGGGGGAUACUUACGCCGGGCUGCGCGGCUCACCAAAAUACCAAAAUGUGCUUGGGAACGCCUUGUCAGCGCGGCGGAUCUGAUUGACGCUGCGCUUGCGGCAGAUCUCCGGCGAGGCACCAAAAUAGAGCCCAAGGACUUUCCCCCACCUCUGCUGUUACUUUAUCAUAUGAUCAGCUUCAGCUAUGCAAGUAUGAAAGUAUUGAUGAGUUCAAGUAAGAAAUGAGAAAAAGUAUUACCUUAAAACCUUAAACUACUUCUAUCUGUCAUUGGACAGCAGGUUAUUCUGUGCACUUUAGUUGGUCUGUGCGCUUUCUGCUUUAUUCACAUUAAACUGUGAGAGCAGUGCAAACCCUAAAUACCUCUAAGAAGUUAUUUAGAAUGUAUGUAAUGUUAUAAAGAGAUAACAAACUUUGCUAAAAAUGAUAAAUACUAUAUAAUGUUACUGUAAUCAAACAUUCAAUGUCGGGUUUCAAAAACUCCUUGUUGGGCGAAAUCAGGGGAGCCCUAAAAUGUUGCCCAGUCCCAAAACAUAAUUUCAUACUAAACACUGUAAACUUUAUAAGCCAUUGCACGAUUUGAAUAUAAGCAUCCUCGUGUUAUGGAUGAGGGUUUUUGGGGAGUUUGUUAAUUUUGAGUGUGGGGCAUUUUUGUGAACCGAAUCAGGUGUUUCACAGUGUUUUACUGAUCUGACUGGUUGUGCUAAUUUUGGUCCGUUCUUCUGCACAAAGUUAUUUUUCACAUUUAUUUUUAAGGGAUUGCUGUUGUCUGUCUUUGUUCUCCAUGUAGUACAAAAUUUAUUAUGACAUGUUUAUUCAAAUUUUGUAGUUCAAUGAUUGUACACCAGUUUUUACCUCCGCCAAGGAGGUUAUGUUUUCGGUAGCGUUUGUUUGUUGGUUUGUUUGUUUGUCUGUUAGCAACUUUACAGAGAAAGUAACAGACGGAUUGACCUGAAAUUUUUACCAGAGGUGCAUCUCAGCCCCUCAGAUCCCAUUACAUUUUGGUGGUGAUCUGGAUCGCCCUCUGGAUCCAGGAAUUUUUGAAGGAUUCUUUAUCAUUGUGAGAUAGGGCAAAUUUGGAAUUUUUUUGCAUUUAACUCUAUAAAAAUGUCCAGAGUCUUUAGUAAAAAAUGACACAAAAGGAUCUCAACGAGUUUUAUGAGGUGUCAAAGGUUGAUCCUGUUCCAGACAAAAUUCUGGAUACUGUGAUCCAGAACACACAAAAAUAAGGGUGUCGUUAGAAUUUUCAAUGCUGAAAGAUAACUAAUGGGCGGCACAGUGGUGUAGUGGUUAGCACUGUCGCCUCACAGCAAGAAGGUCCUGGGUUUGAAUCCGGGUCAGGGCAUUUCUUGUUUUAGGAACAUUAUGAACAGUGAACAUACCAGUUUAAACACAAAUAAAAGUUCAUAAAAGACACGUAACAGUAAAAGUUUUGGUGUGAAUCACAAUAUAAGGGGGGACAUGAGCUGCUUGAUGGAGGUCUGCGUUCUCCGGAUGCUUUUCUAGUUUGCUACUGUUUUCAUGUUUAUUUAAAGAUUUCUUCUGUUUCAAGAUUUCAUAGUGAAGCAGUAAUAAAGGUUCAGGGUAUCUUCAAGUGAAAGUGGUCCUUUGAUUUGUUACCUUUACCUCAAAUAGUAAAAUAAAAGAUCUAACAUGAUCUGUGUAAAAGAGAUACUUAAUCUCAAAGCAUCUGAAACACUGUCACUUAAGGAAGUUAGGCCAAAAUCUUCCUCAUUCUUUAAAUGGCAAGUCUUUGUUACAGUAUUCCCUUGAGUUUGAAUAUAACUUCUUAUUUUUCCUAGUCGGAGGUUAAUUCUUUGGUCAGACAACCCUUAAAUAGUUUUUUCAAUAAGUGUACAGAAUGAUAUAAACAUGUAUAAAAAGUCAUUUACUGUAUUAAACCUGUCUCAGUUAGUAUAGUGAGCUGCAAGUGUUAUCUACAUAGUUUAUAGCACCUGUCGCUGCAGAUAGUUUGGUUACAGUAGAUAAAGCAGAACUGCCACUGAACCGAACAACGUAGAAAUUAAACAGGACAGAUGUAUCACCUCCAUGCAACACGUGUGACAUCAAAUGUUGCACAUAAAAAGUAAGAAAAAAGUCAAACUGUAAAGUGGAGAAGAGUAAAACCUUGGACUCAGUUAAAGGGAGUAUGCCUAAACACCAGCAGAGACUCUACUAUGAUGAUGACACGCUACACAUCAAACCUUUACGCUUUAAAAGAGGAGGUUACAAGACAAGACGCUAAUUAUUGGAAUGUGGAAAUCUUAGAGAGGAAAAGUCCUGGUAAUCAGGUCAUGUCUUCUCCCUGCGGUGGUGUCGUCUCAAUCUAAUCAAACCAGUUUGCUAGCAACAGUGUGACAGAGGUCAGGUGCUGUGCGUGUUUGUGUGUGGAGACAGAGGGAGGUAGCCAGAACAAAAAGGAGGAACAGUUACAAGAUAAGAUGCUGCUUUGAAUUUUUCCUCACUCACAAGUUCUUUUGUUCCGUUUCUUCUCAGGUGUUCACGAUGGAUAUAUUGCUCAGGAAGAUGUGCACAUUCAUGCAGGAAAAGUGCAUAUAAGUGUUUAGUGCUUGCUGUAAGUAAAUAUUUAUGUUACAGAUGCAGAUGGACUACCCAGCACCUGUCAGCCUUUUAUCGACUACUGAGGACCUGAGGAGGCUGUUCUCAGACAUGUUCAAGUACUUUAUCUUGGGUAUCUCACUUGGUCUCCUUCUGCUGGCACUCGGGAUCUUAGUAUUGCAGAUCAUCAGAUGCUGCACAAAGACACACUCUACACACACUCAGCAAAAUACUUGUGAGUAGAAAUUAGAUUAUAAUGUUAAACAGUGCAGUAAAUAUCUAUAAAGCUGUGUUUCUGUCAUGGAUGUCGUCACCACAAACCAAGAUGACUUAUAUUUUCUGCAGUUAACAAUGAUCUCCUGUACUCUGAAGAAAAGCCUGGGACAGCAGGGAACUUGGCAGAAGCCCCAAGUACAAGGGUAAGAGGAGAGCGGUGUAAUGGAUGUGAAUUUAAAUAAAGCUAUCAUUUGAACAUGUUUUCUGGAUGCUGUUUCAGCAGCAAACAGCUCCUAGGCUACAGAAAAGGAGUCAAGUCCAGAUUUUUUUUCUAAAGUGUAUUGAGGUGUCUGAGGCUCCAUUGUCUUUAGUGAAAACGUUUGAAUUGAAGCAGAGCUGUGAAAAGCACGCUUUCAUUGUAAAUUGUGCAACAAAAACUAAAUAAUACAGACUGAUUCCUUGAACCUUUAGUUAGCUUCAAAGUUAAACAGAAUGCCGAAAGAAAUCAGACUUGAAUUUAAGUUUAAGGGGCAAAAAAAUAAAUAAAAAUAAAAACACCUAACAAUGAUGUGUUUACCUGCGCAUAUUAUUAUUCAUGUGUGAAGAGUCAGGUUUUUCCUGAGCACACAGUAGAUGACAGGUGAAGUGUUGAUUUCGUGUUGUUUAAUGUUGUACUACAUGUUAAUGUGUUUAAGACCUCCCCACCGCGUGACUUCAGUCAGUAUUAGUAAAAAGCAUUUACAGAGACAGAGUAAUUUUUAAAAUCAUAUGAAUUUGAAAAAUAGGAGAGGCCUUCCUUUGUUUUUAUUGAGGCCAAAACUUGGUGUGUUUCAGUGGUCAAAGAAAACUUUUUACAAUCAUAACAAUUAUAUUGUCAUAUAAAUCACAUAAACUUUUUCUACACAUAGACAAGUGUGAAAAUAUAACACUCUAUGGCAGGGUUUUCCUGUGGCUUUGUUUAGACCAUGUAGUCUGCAAAAAUCCCACAAGUAGACAACACUGUGUGCAUACUGAUAGAUUACUGAGCAUAUAUGUUUAAACAGAGGUGAGUUGACAUAGUUGUUACAAGUCAAAUAAAGCCGGAGGUGAUGAAGUAGUUGAUAAAACACUACUGACACAAGUGCUGUGUAUGUCUGCAUGCUUCGCAGAUGGAAGAGUUAAACACAGAGGCCCAAAGGCUGAGCCGAUGUCUGUCUCAUACCCUGUCUCUCCCCUCGGGAUCCAGCCAGACAGAGGAGGACAUAGGAGAGCAGGCAACCAUUAAAAAGGUGGAGGAUAUUGUUGUUCAUCAUUUUCAGAGCCAUAUAUAUUUUCAAAACCUAUCAUUGUAUUCCCCAUAUCUGACAUACCCUAAAAAAUACAAAAGGUUCUUAUACAGCUGUAUUGUAUUUUAGGAACUAUUUUUGUCACAGUGUAAUGAGGAAGAUAUAGUUUUAGAAAAUAAACUCUAUACUGCCAUGUCUUACAAACCACACCAUCUUAUAACAACACAUUAUAUGAAGUUUUAUGAACAAAUCGGGCAGAUUCUAUAUACAGUAUUGUCUUGUUCCAGGUUGAUGGAACGCUACAUUUCUCCAUCUAUUACGACCAGCUUCUGUCCCGUUUAGUGGUCACCAUCUUGCAGGUGGAGGGUCUUCUGCAGCAGAGACAGAAACUCCAUCCCUUUGUUAAGAUAAGUCUCAUGUGGGCUGGCUCACAGGGAGUGCAGUUGGAGGGCUGUAUAAAUGAAGAGGUAAUUAUGUCCUUAUUGGCUGCCUCUAUUUUGUUGGUUAGUAAAUUACAACAUCAGAAAAAUUGCAGGGCAAAUAAUCUGUGGAGUCUUGUGGAAAAAAUUAAAAUGUUGUCUUUUUUUCCUCCUCCUGUUUAUUUUCUGUGUUGACCCUUCUAGGGCCAAUUGACAGCACCUGUGAUGUGGACAGUGCUGCAGGAUUGGCAGACUCGUAUCGUAAAAGGCAGCUGUAAUCCUUUAUUUGGAGACCAGUUCACCUGUGUUCUGAGAGAAGAUAAGGAGCUUGAUCACAUUAACCUCAGAAUGGAGGUCCUGCAGUUUAUUACAUGUCUAUUUUUUUGAAACUAUGAUUUUAUGAUUUCUAAAUAGAUUAAACUGAAUUAACUUUGAAUGCAUGAUUCUGUCAUGUGUACUUUUUGUACCUUAGGUGAGGGACUUUGACAAAUUCUCCAGACACACAGUUUUAGGAGAGGUCAGGGUCUCUCUGGGGCAGCUUAACAUCUCCUACCCUCUUGAGCUUCAGGAAGAUCUGCAGAUGCCGCAGAAGGUACAACAGGACAACAUACUUACCAAUCAAUCGCAAGAGUAAUGUUUGGUAUAGAAAUAUCAAUGUUAAAAGAAUAGCCUAAAGUAGAGUUGUACGAAUCACUUGUCAGUAAUAAAAAGAAAUAUACCAAAAACAAACAAACAAAAAUCAUAAGAAUUAAUACAAAUAACUAAUUACAACAGAUAACAAUUAAAUAGAUACAAUCCAAUAUAAAAGCAGAAAUUUAAGUUAACAGACACAGGUCUAACUAAGCAAAUGACCAAGAGAAAGCUAAAUGACAAAAGUGUAUAUAUGUGUAUAAAGUAUAUAUACACACACACAUAUAUAUAUAUAUAUAUAUAUAUAUAUAUAUAUAUAUAUAUUUUUUUUUUUUUUGUACCUUCGUACCUUUCGCUUGACUCAUUGAUGUAUCAUUUACUGACCUGAAAUGUAAUUUAACUGAUUUAAACAAAGUCUAACCAAAGCACCUUGCUCUGUUUAAGAUUGUUAGUGCUUUACUUGCAUAUAGAUUUAAAAAAAAUCUGAAUGUGAAAAGCUCACAGGUUUCCCUUGCUGUAGUACACAUACAAUUGACAAGUAUCUCACUAAACCUCACCUUACAAAAAAAUCCCUCCAAAAACACUACCUUUAACUUUAUUAUUUCCCUACCAGGAUCUCGUCGGAGAGGUGCUUCUGUCUUUAAAGAUUCUUCCCACUUCUCAGAGGUUGGAGGUUGGACUUCUAAAAGUCAGAACAGUCCUCCCUGAAAUAUGCUCAGACACAGGUAAAUGAAAAUACAGACACAACCUUUACAAACACAUCUGCCGCACACAUUUCUACCAUUACUGUUGGUUAUGCAUACCAAGUGUCCCACAUAUAUCCUUUCUGUUCCCUGUAUUUUCAGCCCUGUAUGCCAGGAUCAGUCUGCAGUGCAACAAGUGCAAGUUAAGGUACCAAAAGACCUCUGCCAUAGCCUACUGCCUGAUGACUGUCUUCAAUGAAGUCUUCAUGUUUUCUUUGCCAGAGUUUCCUCUUGAACAAUGCAAAAUCUCAGUGUCUGUAUAUGAGACUCUUGUUACAAGAAAAUCCACAAAACAUCUGAUUGGACUGUUGACUGUGGAAAAGGACAAGACUUCAGAGGACCAGCACUGGAGCUUAAUGAUGCACUCUGUCCGCCAGCCAAUAGCAAAGUGGCACAGCCUGCUGAUAUGA